CGGGACGCUUUAGUCGUUCGUUCUAUUCUGUGUUAUUUUACUUCAUUAAUCGCCUCACAACUGACGUUUACUACUGCAGAUUUCCCUUAAGAUCAAAAUGCAACGUCGCCGCGCAAACGACUCAGUGCACUGGUUCAUGAACGAGCUAAGCGCGCGCGUUGUUGCGGAAUCAGGGAUACCCUCCGACCGCUACCAUCUCGGGAAACUCAUACUGCAAAGCUUCAAAGAUGCUCCCGAUUUUAUCACACAGAUUGACGGAGGCACAGGAGAAUCAGAAACUUGUCAAUCAGUUCUCCAAAGAAGCAUCAAAUGCGCAACUGCCUUCAAAAACGUGGGUCUUCAACAUGGUGACGUCGUUGUCCUUAUGGGGCUUAGUCAUAUAGACCUAGCUAUACCCUUGUAUGCCGCGUUAUACCUCGGUAUUGCUAUUGCACCAAUAGACAGGACAUAUACAGUUAACGAACUCUAUGAAUCCUUUAAUGUGAUCCGACCAAAGAUGGUAUUCUGUCAAAGCGAGAAAGCACCCGAUGUUCAACUGGCUGUAAAGCAGUUGGACCAAACUAUCGAAAUAAUUACAUUUGAUAAAGGAGAUUAUUUCUGCAAUUUCUCCGAGUUUUUGGAGAAAAAUGGCGAUGAUACGACUAUUGAAGAUUUCAGAGCAACGGAUUUUGAUCCUGACGAAACAAUUUCAUUCCUUAUGUCAACAAGCGGCACCACUGGAGCGUCCAAAUCAGCUAUAGCCAGCCACAUGAACUUAGCUAUAUCCAGCCCUAACUUAUGGCUUAUAAAUACAAAAAAACAUAUUCUAAAGCCAACAUUCACUACUAUGGUUCCACCAUUCAUGACCACCCUGAUCAAACCUGAAGACCGGGACAAGUGUGAUUUCACUUGCUUUGAACUUUUGAUACUGUCUGGAAAUGCUGUACCUGUUGAGCUUGUUAAAGAAUUGAAGACUAUAUCUCCAAAUACAGAAGUAGCUGAGAUAUUUGGAAUGACAGAGAUGGCCGGAAUUAGUUUCUGUUACGAAGACUCUCCUCCAGGCUCUUGCGGUAAACCUUUGGGAUGCUUCCAAUAUCGGCUAAUAGACAUGGAAACUGGGAAAGACAUAAACGUACCAAAUCAACGUGGAGAGUUAUGGGUUAAAGGACCGGGUGUGUUCAAGGGUUACUAUCACAAUCCCAAAGCCACCGAAGAUGCAUUUGCUAAAGACCGUUGGUUUAAAACUGGCGACAUAUUCUUUAGGGACGAGCACUGGAACUUCUAUUUUGUGGAAAGAAUCAAAUUGAUGUUGAAGUAUAUGAUCUACCACAUAUCCCCAGUAGAAUUAGAAAACUUGAUCAGAUCCCAUCCAGGAGUAUUAGACGCGGCUGUAACAGGAAUACCAGACCCUGAAAAUGGAGACUUGGCGGUUGCUUGUGUCGUACGACAGAGUGGCAGCGGGGUCACAGCACAAGAUAUUAAGGAUUUAGUUAAAGAAUCCUUACCCGAAUACAAGCAGUUGCGAGGAGGCGUGAUAUUCAUAAAUGAGUUACCUAUGACCGCUUCGUCCAAGAUUCAUAGAGUAAAACUGAAGCAAAUGGUUCUACAUAUGGAAAGGGAAUAAUAAAGUCACCUUCGUUCACUAGCACAACUAACACGAAGCCUACAACCAAGUCUUAACUAAAAUGCAACGUUUUUAAUGUAUAGACAAGAACAUUCACAACAACUACAUGUUCCAACCUUAGAAUAAUAACGCAUAGAAACCUAGUCCGCACACGCUAAGUGAGGCAAAUUGAAGCGCGCUAAAAGGGCCUACACGAGCGGG